AUGGCCCAGCAGCCAAAGACAGACCAGGAGUGGCCGCCCACGCUCGAGCAGCUCGAGGCCGCGAAAAAGGCAUUCGUCGACGCUAUCGACCCCGAGGCCGUCUGCCGCCUAGCGUCGCGCCACCACAGCGCGUCGAAGCCAUGCCGCGUCUUCAGGGACACGGCGUGCGGUUCCUUCAACGCGUGCUUUUUUGUCGAAUUCGCCGACGAUCACAGCACACAAUGGAACGUGCGGGUCGCCAUCGAGCCAGCUCUCGAUGAUGCGUGGGCCAAGGUGCAGAGCGAAGUGGCGACGAUGCGCUACGUACGCCAACAGACUACGAUUCCCGUGGCCCGCGUCCAUACGUAUGGAUGUGACGAGGACCUCAGCCGGCAGGAUGCCGACCCGACGCGCUGCGUCUACAUGAUCCUCGACUACAUCCAAGGCCAGCCCAUCGACCUGGUCAAGUUUGUCGCCGAUACACGCGAGAGGAAGACGCACCUGUACGCGCAGAUAAUUGACAUUAUCGCUCAGCUCCGCGCGCUCGAAUUUGACUUCUCGGGCUCUUUGUAUCCAGGUCCCCAGGACAACCCUCAAGGCAGCCUUCUCGAAUCUAAGCCUGUUAUGGGCGACCUCCUUUGCAUCGAGUACAACGAGUUGCAGAAAAUGACACGACGCAGAGCAUCCGUCCGACCGGCCACCUUUCGGUCCACCAUCGAGUACGCGUUCUACCAAUACAGCAUCCUUGCCGAAGCAUACCAAGUGCCCGUCGCCCAGCGCACAUUGCUCGGGGCGCAGAUGGAAGUGUUUGCGCUGCACGACAUCAAGGCCAGGAUCCUCGACGUCGUCGACACGCGUACAAACUACAACUUCUUUGUCCUCGCGCAUACCGACUUUCGGUGGUACAACAUCCUUGUGGACGACGACCUCAACAUACAAGGCGUCAUCGACUGGGAAUGGAGCGGCGCCAUUCCGCAACAGUUUUUCAUGCCACCCACCUGGCUGGCGGAGGGGUCGCCCAGCUUCGUCGCCUCGCAGAGUUACCGCAAAGAAUACCGCGAAUUUUACGCCGUGCUGUCAUCUAUGGCCGCGGAGGUGGCUGCGGCCUCUUCAACUUUAACUCCACCAACAACAACAAAACCAACGCUGAGCGUGCGCAACGUAUACCAGAUGCUCGCCGACGAAUGGGGUCCCGAUCUUCCCGAACGCCUCGACUUCCCUAUUGCGGUGAUCCUGCGGCACCACUACCACCUCGUCCAAACAUACUUCUUUUCCAUCUUUCCCAAAUUCUUCCAACCGUUCCUAUUACCGCGAGACUACUUGGCAGAGUUCUUUACGCUGGACGGCAGCAAAGGUGGUGCUCUCUCCGCAGCGGUGCGCAUGCGACUGGAGAGAGAAGAUCGGUAUAUACAGUACCUGAAAGACCACGACCUCUUUGUCGCUGGUACGCUGCCCCCUGCCGUGAAAGAAUGGCUGCAACAGAAGGAGGCCGUUGACACACGUUGCUUUAACACGUAUCUGCGAGGAAAGGAUGAAAGAUCUACAAUUACGCAUCUUGAAUUAUUAGAAUCUUUCGCCGAGGAUGUGUUACGAGCUUCUAUUGCACCGUGGAACCAAGGCGAGUAA